AUGCCGCCGCCGCAGCUCCCCUCCGAUCGCGCCAGGCCCAGGCCCAGGCCCGGCGAGAGCUCCGUCCCCGCCGUCAAGAGGGCGCCGCCUGCUUCUCUCUCCUCCUGCUCCGCCGCCGCCUCGGCCAAGAAGAUCGCGCGGCCGGCAUCCGCACCCGACCUCACGGCUCUCUCCGCCGCUAGGCCUUCCGCCAAGCUCGCCGCGUCGCCGCCAGACAGGAAGCCGGUCCGCCCGACGCCGCCGCAGCAGCAGCAGCAUCGCGGCCAGAUGGGCGCCGCCAGGCCGCGCCCGCCCUCGACGCCGGCCAAGAACGGCGCUCCGCAGCCGCGCGGCCCGUUCACGCCCUCCCUAAGCCGACCGGCGCCGUCCGUCCCGCGCCGGCAGGCCCCGCAGACGUCGUCCGUCCCCGGGAGGCCGGCGUCGUUCAUGGCGCCGCGCGGCGCCCAGACCGUCCGCCCCACGCGCCGCCUGGCGCCCGGGACCGCCGUCUACGUGCGCACCGCGUUCAAGCCGCGGAACAUCAACUGCCGCAUCCUGCUCUGGCUCCCGGCGCGGGUCGUCUCCGCCUCCGACGCCUACCACCUCUCCGUCAAGUACGCCGCCGGCCUCAACGACAUGUUCGCCGGCAAGAUCGUCAGCAAGCCCGUCGACCACGUGCGCGUGGCGCCACACCGCACCGCCGCCGCCAAGGCCGAGCCAAGGAAGACGGCAUUGUCACGACAAUGA